AUAUUAAGAGGACUGAGCAAAAUACUUAAAUGGUGGAGUGUGUCGAAAAGCUCAGAAUGUAGGUUCAGAAAUAAGACUAAUCAUGACUUGGUUUGGAGAUCCAGACGUCAUUCUUUCAAUCUCUCUGUGUCUGUUGUUGCUUCUCUUGGUUCUCAUCAAGGUGUUUUACAAACUAUGGUGGAUUCCGAUUCGAGUUCAGAAUCGGAUGACCUCGCAGGGAAUCAAAGGCCCGUCUUACAGAUUUAUCCACGGAAACAACAAAGAAGUUGCCAGCAUGAGAAAGGAAGCCAUGAGCAGGCCCAAAAGUUUAUCACAUGAUGUAUUUUCCAUUGUUCUACCUCUUAUGCACUCAUGGACCAAGAUAUAUGGGAAGAAUUUUCUCUACUGGUAUGGUCAUCAACCUCGGUUGGUCGUUACGGAAACUGAACUGUGCAAAGAGAUACUGAUGAACAAAAAUGGAGCUUAUCAGAAAAGCAAGCUCCUAGGCGGUGUAAAGAAGCUGUUAGGAGAUGGUCUCGCGACAACAAAUGAUGGUGAAAAAUGGUCGAAACUGCGAAAGCUGGCCAACCAUGCCUUCAAUGGAGAGAGCUUAAAAAGUAUGCAUUCGGAGAUGAUAGCUAGUACUGAGACAAUGCUAGAAAGGUGGAAAAUUCAUGAAGGCGAGGAGGUUGAGGUGUUUGAAGAAUUUCGGUUGUUAACUUCAGAAGUGAUUUCUAGGACAGCUUUUGGUAGCAGCUACGUAGAAGGGAAGAACAUUUUUGACAUGUUAUUGAAGUCAUCUGCCUUAACAUUUUCAAGUUCAUUCAAACCCGGGUUUCCUGGCAUCAGUAAGUUUGUUAAAAGCAGCAGUGAGAUUGAAUUUCAGAAGCUUGAGAAAGGAAUAAGGGACUCCCUAAUGGAGAUUGUUAGAAGAAGAGAAAGGAACCCAAUAAAUCGAGAAGCAAACAAAUUUGGGAGUGAUUUCCUUGGACAACUUUUAAGGGCUCAUCACGAUACCAAUGACAAUCAAAGGAUUUCAAUGGAAGAUUUGGUUGACGAGUGCAAAACAUUUUACUUGGCUGGACACGAAAGUACUGGCACAAUGCUAGCUUGGACAGUCUUUCUUUUGGCACUCCAUCCGGAAUGGCAGGAGAAAGCAAGAAAGGAGGUCCAGCAAUUUUUCGGCAAACGAACUCCAGAUCCCAAUGGCAUUUCCAAUCUCAAAACUAUGACUAUGAUCGUGAACGAGUCUCUGAGGUUAUAUCCUCCUGUUCUUUCCGUUGUCAAUAGGAAAGUUGACAAGGAAACUAGGCUGGGAAGGCUUGUUCUUCCUGCUAAACUCCACUUGGUGAUCCCAAUUUCACCACUUCACUAUGAUCCUCAGCUGUGGGGACAGGACGUGCAGCUUUUCAAACCAGAGCGGUUCUCAGAAGGAGUUGCUAAAGCUACUAAUGAUAACAUCGCCGCAUUCUUACCCUUUGGAAUGGGACCUCGAGUUUGUGCAGGCUCAAACUUUGCCACCACUGAAGCAAAGAUUGCCCUUUCAAUGAUUCUACAACGCUACACAUUCACUCUUUCCCCAACCUAUACUCACUCGCCCUCUGCAUUCCUUACAGUCCGUCCACAACAUGGAGUUCAAAUAAUGCUACACGCACUGUGAACUGUGAAGACCAUAUUAGUUCCUGUUCUUGCAGUUCUGCAGUGUUUUUUAUUUUCUCUCAUACGCGAAGACUACAUUAUGAAAUGCUUAGUAGUUAAGUUGAAUAACAGUGUCAUUGGUUUCAGCAAUCUUCUACUCACUAUACCCAGCUGUUUUAUCUGUAGAGUAGGAAUGGUUCAAGAAACAGGAUGCCAUUUUCUGUACAAUAAAUCGUACCAUCUACUGUGUCUUUCUCCAA